UUUACAAGCGAAUCUGUGAGCAGCUACAAGAACAAAAACAGUGGAUUAGGUGACCCUGGAUCCUUUUUGUUCCCUUGCACUCCUCUCUGCAUCAUCGUGCUCCGCUUGUGACGUCUCAGAAGCCCGGUUCCCGUGGGCGUGGGAUGCCCUGGGCCGCCCCGGGAGCCAUGAGGCGUCACUGUGCGGUUCCACGCCGCGGUCUUGAGGGAAACGAAGGGGCGGUGGCCUGGCCGAUGCAGAGGGGCGAGCCAGGGCGAGUGAGGCAGCGCGCAGCCGGGCUUCGCCUUCCCCUUGGAUGACCUCCGCCGCCGUGCUCCCCGCCUCUCGCCCUCUGAGCCUGCGGCCAGCCGCCUGGCGCCCCUCUGCUAGCCUCCCGUGCCCGGCCACCUCCUCCUUCUCCACUUUCUCCUCCUCCUCCUCCCCCGCCUCUUCCGUUUCUGGAGGGAAAGGCUGCAGCCUCCUUCUGGGCUCCGCAUCCCCGGCUUAGGUAAUACGAUUUCCUCCUUACGCACCCCUCGCCCAGGCGCCACUACUCCCUCCUCCUCGGAUCUGGUCCCAGUGUGGGCGAACAGCACGUCCCGAUCGCCUCCCAGGAUUGCAGCUGACAGCUGAGAAGAGGGUGGGUGCGGAUUCCAUCCACAGCUGCAACGGAAAAGCAAGGUUCUGAAAUGUCAGAUAUCCUCCGAGAGCUGCUGCGUGUCUCUGAGAAAGCUGCCAACAUUGCCCGGGCAUGCAGGCAGCAGGAAGCUCUUUUCCAGCUACUUAUAGAGGAAAAGAAAGAAGGAGAAAAGAACAAGAAGUUUGCAGUUGAUUUCAAGACCCUGGCUGAUGUACUGGUACAGGAAGUUAUAAAACAGAAUAUGGAGAACAAGUUUCCAGGCUUGGAAAAAACAAUUUUUGGAGAAGAAUCCAAUGAGUUUACUAAUGAGUUGGGAGAAAAGAUUACCUUGCGACUGUGUCCAACGGAGAAAGAAACAGUAGAGCUUCUUAGCAAAGUCCUUAAUGGUAACACGUUGGCAUCUGAAGCGUUAGCCAAGGUUGUUCAUCAGGAUGUCGCCUUCACUGACCCAACUCUGGAUUCGCUUGAGGUCACCAUUCCACAUGACAUUCUGGGAAUCUGGGUGGAUCCCAUCGAUUCAACUUACCAGUAUAUAAAAGGUUCUGCUGACGUUAAACCCAACCACGGCAUCUUCCCCAGUGGACUUCAGUGCGUCACCAUAUUAAUCGGUGUCUACGACAUACAGACAGGAGUGCCCCUGAUGGGGGUCAUCAACCAACCUUUCGUAUCACAAGACCUAAGCACCCUCAGGUGGAAAGGACACUGCUACUGGGGCCUCUCUUACAGGGGGACCAACAUCUAUUCCCUUCCGCCCCUCAUCUCGAAAAGAAAUGGCAGUGAACCCCAGGGCCAACUAACAGGAAACACCCGCUCUGAGGAGGAAUCCUCUCACGUGUUCUCAGCUGUCAUUAGUACGAGUGAAAAGGAGACUAUCAAAGCUGCAUUGUCACGGGUGUGUGGAGAUCGCAUAUUCCGGGCAGCUGGGGCUGGUUACAAGAGCCUGUGUGUUGUCCAAGGUCUUGUUGAUGUUUACAUCUUUUCAGAAGAUACCACAUUCAAGUGGGACUCUUGUGCUGCUCAUGCCAUACUCAGGGCCAUGGGUGGGGGAAUGGUAGACUUAAAAGAAUGCUUGGCUAGAAAUCCCGAAAGGGGGCUUGAUUUGCCACAGCUGGUGUACCAUGUGGAAAACGUAGGCGCCAGUGGAGUGGAUCGGUGGGCCAACAAGGGAGGACUGAUUGCAUACAGAUCAAGCAAGCAGCUGGAGACGUUCCUGAGCCUCCUCAUCCAGAACCUUCCACCUGCGGACACACACAGAUGAACCUUCCCCUCGGUGUCCUUACAGACCUGACUGUGAAACUGUCACCUCCAUCUCUAUCGUUUGAAGAUAGCUUUGUCCUAUUGAUGGUCAACGUUCACCUUCCUCUUGGGAGGAGCAUUUUUUCAUUAUGUGUCAUAAUAAUGUUAAUCUCAAUAAAUAAAUGGCAUAAUGUUAAUUUCAAUAAAUAAAUGACAUUCAUGCAGCAAUUCAA